UCAGUCCACGACCUUGAUCUAUUUCCUUUGAAGUUUAUAAACUAUUUAAUUUCUAAAUAAAUAUGGCGGCGAUUUAUGUGUUUCGAUGACAGCUCCGAGUCUACGAAAUAUAGAUAGAUGGUCAACACUAAUAAAUCGUCUAACAACGGACAAAACAUUGGGAACUAAUCGCUCGAGCAGUGAUUGACGCACAACAAAACACCACCUAAUCCAUAACAAAAAUAAACGUAACGUCACAACAGAAAAGGAAACCGACAAUACAGGAAUUCUUCAAAAAAUCUCAUGACGAACAGAUCAUUCACCGGCACAGACACAACAUGCAGACUUGGCUAAAAAUAAAAUAGGAAUCACGGCCGUCCACAGCGACUCACGAAUUAUUACCAUUUCGCGCGGCAAACGACUCGACUGCCGCGAAUAUUUUGUUCAUAAAACUUGUGAUUUUUUAAAUUAUGAGUAUCGAGCGGCGAUCGUGUGUGAGCCAGGCUCCGCACGUGACCAAGCGCCUGCUGGCAAUCAUCGUGCUUCUGACGGGCCUGCUGUGCAUGUUCGGAGGCUACUUACUGGGUCGAAUGGCUCGCAUAGAACCAAGGAAAAGUAACGAGAUCCUGACAUACAAUUUGACGGUCCUAGCAGAUACUAUCUACAAAAAGGCCAAACGGAUACCGCCUAAACUAAUCCACCAGAACGAUCCAGAUAAAAUUCAGAUUAAAUUGUUAGAAAUAUUCAACUGCACUCACAUUCCCGUGUCGCUGAAUAAAUAUAAUUUGGCAGAGUUCGUCAAGAAUUCUAUAAAUUAUCAAGUGACGAAAUUGAUGAAAUCUGUUAAUAAUGCUUCCGUUUAUUUGGACAGUCUCAGCUGACAUUGGUUAAUAAAGGUUUUUAGUUUUAGGUAUUACCAAUUUGAAAUUUUAUAUUUUUAACGAAGUAAAAACCGUGCUUCAAUUUUAUGUAUAAUAAUAUUAGAUUACAUUAAAUCUAUUCAUGAUGGGGUCUAACCACAGCAUGUCUUAUCGAUACCGCUCUAAGCAGAUAUUCCUUUAACUUCAAAAUCAUAAUAAUACCAAAACACAUCGUGGUUAGGCCUCAGCAAUAAAUAUGACCAAAUUUAAAAUAUUAGCCUAUUAUAUUGUAUACUCUCAUCUCAUUUGUUUUAAUGUUUGGACUGUUUUUAGCUAGCUAAAAAAGUUCGUUGAUGUUGAGAUUUAUGCCAGUUUUGUGAUGUUGAUCGUCAAACUAUUUUUUAACUGGUGUAAUACUAUCUUGUUACAAUAUAAUCGGAUAUUAAGUAACUUAUUAAGCGCCGCUGGCGGCUGGCUGGGUUUUUUACUUUAUUUUUUGUUGAUUUUUUUUAUGUGUAAACCAGUAAAAAUUGUCGUAUUGAAUUAUUGAGAUUCUCCAAAUGAAAAGGAAGAUGCAUAAUGUGCUAAUAAUAAUUAAUAAAGCUCCUACUUUAUUGCUCAUUCAACAGAAGUUGAGUAUCCGAAGUAUUUUAUUUUAUUGUAAUAAAAUCGGCUUAACAAUUAUAUGCUUUCAUAAAGGUAUUCAUAUUGGGUAGGUACUUACCGCGCAUUUUUUUAAUAAAAAAUAUUUAAUUCUGUUAUUUCUGAUACAUGUUAUUGUUACUGAGCACUGCUUGCCCGACUAACCUUACAUAAAUAACUCAAGCUGUGAAUAAAUAUUACUAUACAUCUCUAAA